AUGUGGUUUAUGAUAUCAGGUUCUAAACUUGUCUAUGUUCUUAUCUUUGGGUUUCUGGCUUUGAAUUGUUUGGAAAAGUUUGGAUCCAAUGCUCAACUCAUACCGCAAGGUGAAGUGAAAGCUCUCCAGACAAUUUCGGAUAAACUAAAGAACGUGAAUUGGAAAGUCACUGAACGUUCCUGCAUAGAGGAUGGGGGAUUUAAUGGCAAAAUCAAUAUAGAUGAUGACAUUGUCAGAAAUGUCACAUGUGAUUGCACUUUCGAAAGAAGCACCAUUUGCCACGUUAACAACAUCUUUCUCAAGGGUCAAAAUAUAUCUGGAGUUGUGCCUAGAGAAUUUGGAAAUCUCACUCAACUAAAAGUACUUGACCUUACUCGCAACUAUCUCAGUGGCUCAAUUCCAACGAGUUUUUCUCACAACUCGCUUGUCAUCUUGUCCCUUCUCGGAAACCGAUUAAGUGGUCCAAUUCCUACAGAAAUUGGUGAUAUUGCUAGUUUGGAGGAGCUGAUCUUAGAAAGUAAUCUACUUGGAGGACCACUUCCUCCCAAUCUCGGAAAUUUGAGCAAGUUGAAGAGAUUACUUCUUUCUGCAAAUAAUUUUACAGGGACAAUACCAGAAACAUUUAGCAAUCUAAAGAAUCUCACUGAUUUUAGGAUAGAUGGAAGCAGUUUAUCCGGACAGAUACCCAACUUUAUUGGCAACUUGACCAAACUUGAAAGAUUGGAUAUGCAAGGAACAUCUAUGGAAGGCCCAAUUCCUCCUACCAUAUCUGAGUUGAAACAUUUGACUGAAUUGAGAAUAACUGAUUUGAAUGGACCAACUAUGACAUUUCCUGAUCUUAAGGAUUUGAAAAUUUUGAAAAGACUGGAAUUGAGAAAUUGCUUAAUCACUGGUGGCAUUCCAGAUUACAUUGGUGAAAUGGCAAACUUAGUUACUUUAGACCUAAGCUUCAAUAUGUUGACUGGCUCAAUCCCAAAUUCAAUUCAGGGAUUGAAAAGGCUAGAUUACAUGUUUCUGACAAAUAAUUCUCUGAGCGGACCAAUUCAAGACUGGAUACUAAACUUCAAAAUAAAGAUAGAUUUAUCUUACAACAAUUUUACAAAGUCCUCCGCAACUAGCUGCCAACUCUUGGAUCUGAAUUUGGCUUUAAGCCAUUCUUCUUCCGCAAUCACUCCGCAUUCAACUUUUUGCUUGAAGAAAAACCUACCUUGUGCAGGAAAACCCCAGUAUACCUCAUUGUUUAUAAACUGUGGAGGACCUGAGGUGGAGUUUGAGGGAAACAACUUCGUAGGCGACCUACAGCAAGAUGGCAUUUCAAACUUUGUUCUUAGAAAUGAAGAACAAUGGGCUUAUAGUAGCACCGGAGUAUAUUUGGGAAAUGUUGAUGCAGAUUAUAUAGCAAAAAAUACAUUUUCUUUGAAUAUUAGUGGCCCAGAGUAUUACCAAAGUGCCCGCCUUGCCCCUCUUUCACUUAACUACUAUGGCCUUUGUAUGCUGAAGGGAAAUUAUAAAGUGAAGCUCCAUUUUGCAGAGAUAAUGUUUUCUGAUGACAAGACUUUUAGCAGUCUUGGAAGGCGUAUAUUUGAUGUCUCAAUUCAAGGUUUUAAAUAUUUGAAAGAUUUUAACAUUAUAGAAGAAGCUGGUGGAGUUGGAAAGGGCAUCACUAAAGAAUUUGAUGUUGAUGUUGAUGAUAGCACCUUGGAAAUUCACUUAUACUGGGCAGGGAAAGGAACUACUGCCAUUCCGGACAGAGGUGUAUAUGGACCUCUUAUAUCUGCUAUCACAGUAACACCAAACUUUGAAAUCCCUUCAAAAGGACUGUCUGUUGGAGCUAUUGUUGGGAUUGUUGCUGCAUCAUGUGUGCUUGUCAUAGUGAUACUGGUUGCCCUUUGGAAGAUGGGUUUCCUUGGUGGGGAAGAUACUAGAGACAAAGACCUUCUAGAUCUGAAAACAGGUUAUUUCAGCUUAAGACAAAUUAAAGCAGCCACUAAUAACUUUGACCCCACAAAUAAAAUAGGUGAAGGAGGAUUUGGGCCAGUACACAAGGGUGUGCUAUCAGAUGGUGAAGUGAUUGCUGUUAAGCAGCUCUCCUCCAAGUCAAAGCAAGGGAAUCGUGAAUUUGUUAAUGAAAUUGGAAUGAUAUCUGCUUUGCAGCAUCCAAAUCUUGUGAAGCUUUAUGGAUGUUGCAUUGAAGGAAACCAGUUGCUGCUAAUAUAUGAAUACAUGGAGAACAAUAGUCUUGCUCGUGCACUCUUUGGUCAUCAAGAACAAAAGUUGCAAUUGGACUGGCCCACAAGAAUGAAUAUCUGUCUAGGGAUAGCAAGGGGAUUAGCUUAUCUUCAUGAGGAAUCAAGGUUGAAAAUAGUGCACAGGGACAUUAAGGCAACCAAUGUCUUGCUUGACAAGGAUCUCAAUGCCAAGAUCUCUGACUUUGGUUUAGCCAAGCUUGAUGAAGAAGAAAAUACCCAUAUCAGCACACGGAUAGCUGGAACCAUUGGUUACAUGGCUCCAGAAUAUGCUAUGCGGGGUUACUUGACUGAUAAAGCAGAUGUAUAUAGCUUCGGAAUUGUAGCUUUAGAGAUUGUUAGUGGAAAGAGCAACACAAAUUACAGGCCAAAGGAGGAGUUUGUAUAUCUUUUGGAUUGGGCCUAUGUUCUCCAAGAGCAAGGAAACCUAUUGGAAUUGUUGGAUCCAAGUCUUGGUUCAAGGUACUCACCAGAGGAAGCCAUGAGAAUGAUGAGCUUGGCACUCUUGUGCACCAAUCCGUCUCCGACUCUUAGACCAUCUAUGUCAUCUGUAGUGAGCAUGCUUGAAGGAAAAACUCCAAUCCAAGCACCAAUAAUCAAGCGCGGUGAGAAUCACCAAGAUGCAAGAUUCAAAGCCUUUGAGUCGUUAUCACAAGAUAGCCAAACUCUUGUUUUGUCUACAUUCUCACAAGAAUGUAUAGAGCAUAGACACAAGUCAGUAGAUGGACCAUGGAUUGACUCCUCCACAUCUCUUCCAAGUGGGGAUGAUUAUUCUUCAACCAGUAAACUUCUUUGA